CGAAAUAUGUGUUAGGCAAAGGUCAUACUUUGUAUGAAAAAGCGUUUUAACGAAACCAGGAAUUUAGUUAUUGUGAAACUCCCUACCGUUAUAUGAAAAAAAUUUAAUCCGAAGAAAAAUGUUUCAAAUCAUUCUGAUAGUUUCGCUCAUCUUCAUAUUGUAUCGGUGGUUGACUGGCACGAGAUCUGAUAGUGUCUGUUGUUUAGUGGGGAAAACUGCUAUUGUGACAGGAGGAAACGGUGGAAUUGGGUUUGCUAUUGUCCUCCUUUUAGCUUCUAGAGGAUGUAGGGUCAUAAUAGCAGAUAAAACAAAUGCAGAAGCAUCAGUGAAAAAAAUCAAGCAACUCAGUAAAAACAGUAAUAUAAUCGCAAAACACUUAGAUCUAUCUUCAUUCGCUUCCAUUCGAAAAUUCGCAGAGGACAUCAACAUUUCAGAAAAAAAAAUUCAUAUCCUUAUAAAUAACGCUGGUAUCAAUUCUUCUAAUGAUUAUAGAACUGAAGAUGGAAUAUCUAGUGCGAUGCAAGUUAAUUAUCUAGGACCAUUUUUGCUGACACAUCUUCUGGUGGAUCGCCUCAAGGAGGCAGAAGGAGCUAGAGUUGUUUUUGUCGGAUCAGUAUUGGCCCUUUUCAAUAACCUGUCUGUUGAAAACUUGACUGGAUUCGAUCCAUCCAAGGAAGUUUUCUGGCUUAAUAUUCUAUAUGGAAAUUCCAAGGCUGGCAAUAUCUUAGCAGCUCAAGAAUUCGGGAAAAAAUUGAAGAAAUACAAUAUAGCAGCAUUUGCAGCCGAUCCUGGAAUUAAUAGAACUAACAUCUUUGAUGUCAAAGACGAAACUUUGUUAUAUAAAGUUGUGAGGAUGGUCAUUUUAUGGAUUGCUGGACAUAAACCUAUAGUUGGAGCACAGACUGCGUUUCACCUGGCAACUAGUGAUGAAAUGGAAGGAACAACUGGCGGAUAUUACUUCCAAUGCAAACGCUGGAUUAAGCCAUGGAAAAUGAAUGAUCCAGAUUUUUGCGAACAGAUCUGGAAAAAAAGUGAGAUUCUGGUAAAACUAAAUCCUCAUGAAAUAUUAUGACCUAUUUUCCAAUAAAUUUUAUGAUAUAUUUA